AUGUCGACUUACUUUGAAAACACGCGAAAAUAUUUUCAAAAUAAUAACAGAGUGAGAGAAUCUCAAGCACACUCGGCCAAAGUUCACUCUGUAGCAUGGAACUGUGAUGGGAGACGACUUGCUUCUGGAUCCUUCGAUAAAACUGUCAAUGUUUUUAUGCUGGAGCGAGAUAGAUUGGUAAAAGACUUGACAUUUCGUGGCCAUGGCGACAGUGUAGAUCAGCUUUGUUGGCACCCAAAACAUCCAGACCACCUUGUCACUGCAAGUGGAGACAAAACUGUUAGAAUCUGGGAUGCAAGAACCAACAAGUCUGUAGCAACAGUCAACACGAAAGGAGAGAACAUCAACAUUUGUUGGUCCCCCGAUGGAAGUACCAUAGCUGUGGGCAACAAAGACGAUCUCAUCACAUUUAUUGACAUCAGAAGUCACAGGUCCAAGGCUGAAGAGCAGUUUAAGUUUGAGGUUAAUGAAAUUUCCUGGAACAACGAAGGCGAUUUGUUCUUCCUGACCAGCGGGCAAGGCAGUAUACACAUUCUAAGUUACCCAGAGUUAAAGCUGCAGUACUCACUGACAGCCCACCCAGCCAACUGUAUUUGUAUAGAGUUUGACCCGGUGGGAAAAUACUUUGCGACAGGCAGUGCUGAUGCCCUGGUCAGUCUCUGGGACACCAAUGAGCUAGUGUGUGUACGCACAUUCUCAAGACUGGAUUGGCCCGUUCGGACCUUGAGCUUCAGCCAUGAUGGAUGUCUGCUAGCGUCUGCAUCUGAAGAUCUUGUUAUAGAUAUUGCUGAGGUAGAAAGUGGUGAAAAAAUCACAGAGAUUGCAUGUGAGUCUCCGACAUUUACUGUGGCCUGGCAUCCUAAGCGAUACUUACUGGCUUUUGCUUGUGACGACAAGUAUGAAGGACAUCGUGAUGAACGAGGCAGCGUAAAAGUCUUUGGUAUUCCUAGUGACCCCUGACCUCUGAAUAAUAGUGUCCAGAUGACUACUGAUGACUUCUUAUGAAGGAUGUGGUUAUGGGAUCAAAUUACUGUUAAUUAUUGAAUGAAGAAUAGUCACUUGUCUUAUGAUCAGAGCUGGAACAUGAACCGGAGAUUGUCAACAUUUCACGUGUCAACAUGUUGUUUUGUCUUAUCAGACAGAUUUUAGGCUACACAUGAAAUUGUAAAGGUAAAAUGUUUUUGAUGAAUGGUUCAAAAUACAAAAGAAUCAAUUUCAUAAAAACAGAUGGUGAAAUUUUUCUAAUGUUGAUAUAUCUGUAACAAAUGUGAAACCUACAAGUCCAACAAGCUAAAACCUAUGUGGCUUUUAUUGGUCUGUUUUACCAGGGUUGUUUAUUUAUGAGACAAAAACAGACCUACAGAAUUGAUUUCACUUUUUGAUGAGCCUUGACAAAGACUUUAGAUCCUAUAUUAAUAUCUGUAAAUUUGUCCUGAUUUGUGCCUGAUGGGUUGCAUUUAAAAUGUUUUUUCUCGUAAAUGACAGCAGCCGGAUUCUACCAUUAGAGACAAGUAAGACUAUAAACGUAGAACUGGGGAACAGGAAACUGAUUUAAAAGACUUCUUGUGUUACGUAUAUGAUAAUGAUAUUGUUCCUGGUGCACUAGGGGUCUGUGUUAUGGUUAUAAACUAAAUAUCUUAGAGUAUGAGGAUAUCAGAUUUGACAUUUGCUGGAGAGUUAGAGAUUGAAGAGUUUUCUUAAAGUUGAAUUACAUAACACUAGACUGGAAUAUUUCUGAUGUCUGUACAGUGUAUAUUUGUAACGCAACUGUAGAACUUAUUUAAAAAAAUGAGUCAAGUAAACUGAAACCCAUAAUGGUUGGCUAUAUAUAGAUCUAUAAAUGUAUGGUUGAUGAUGUCGUUUGUGUAUUAAGAGUUAGUAGGCUAUAUAUAGAUCUACAAAUGUAUGGUUGAUGAUGUCGUUUGUGUAUUAAGAGUUAGUAGGCUAUAUAUAGAUCUACAAAUGUAUGGUUGAUGAUGUCGUUUGUGUAGUGAGAGUCAGUAGGCUAUAUAUAGAUCUAUGAAUGUAUGGUUGAUGAUGUCGUUUGUGUAGUGAGAGUCAGUAGGCUAUAUAUAGAUCUAUAAAUGUAUGGUUGAUGAUGUCGUUUGUGUACUGAGAGUCAGUAGGCUAUAUAUAGAUCUACAAAUGUAUGGUUGAUGAUGUCAUUUGUGUAGUGAGAGUCAGUAGGCUAUAUAUAGAUCUAUAAAUGUAUGGUUGAUGAUGUCGUUUGUGUAGUGAGUCAGUAGGCUAUAUAUAGAUCUACAAAUGUAUGGUUGAUGAUGUCAUUUGUGUACUAAGAGUCAGUAGGCUAUAUAUAGAUCUAUAAAUGUAUGGUUGAUGAUGUCGUUUGUGUAGUGAGUCAGUAGGCUAUAUAUAGAUCUACAAAUGUAUGGUUGAUGAUGUCGUUUGUGUAGUGAGAGUCAGUAGGCUAUAUAUAGAUCUAUAAAUGUAUGGUUGAUGAUGUCAUUUGUGUACUGAGAGUCAGUAGGCUAUAUAUAGAUCUAUAAAUGUAUGGUUGAUGAUGUCAUUUGUGUACUGAGAGUCAGUAGGCUAUAUAUAGAUCUAUAAAUGUAUGGUUGAUGAUGUUGUUCGUGUACUAAGAGUCAGCCCCCUACUUCAUUUUUGCAUAAUCAUCCAUUAAAUUUUGAAGUGGUAAGCUAAUAGCAGUUUAUGAAAAUAAGCCCUCCCUAAUCAUUAAUGAGGGAUGUGGCUAAUAUGAAGAUAACUACGGUAGUAUGAAACACGUUUUGUUUCAUGUGGAUAUGAUGUGCGUGUGAUUCUGUGU